ACAGAUAGUAAAAGCAGCUCCCCUUUCAAAGACAAUGGACCUGGGAAUUCUGAUAUUUCAGGCAGCCUGCAAAAAGACAAUCUUAAAAUACGUACCCUGGAAAAAGUGGACUCAGAUGGUUGCAUGAGUGAAGAUGGAGGCAUAAUUCAGAGACUUUCAACUUUGCCCAGAGGGAUAGCACUUGUCAAUGAAGAAGAGUUGACUCAACUGGCACAGAUUAAGCUAUCACAGGAUAAAAACAGCCUACAAUGUAAUACUGAAAAUCUAAUCCAGAAGCUUCAAAGGCAGAUUGAACAGCAAGAGAUCUUGAAAGAGUUCGUGAGUUUAGAACACAUGAAGCCAUUUGAUGAUUGCCAGGUUGCCAAAGCACCAGAAAACUGGGAAAAGAACAGAUACCGAGAUAUCCUUCCAUAUGAUGUAACACGGGUUCCCCUUGGAGAGAUGAAAGGUUACAUCAAUGCCAGUUACAUCCGCAUGUCUGUGGGGAAAGAAGAGCUCUUUUACAUCUCUACCCAGGGACCUCUGCCUUCAACCAUGAAUGACUUCUGGCAAAUGGUCUGGGAAAACAAAUCCAAUGUCAUUGCCAUGAUAACACGAGAAAUGGAGCGUGGAAUAUCCAAAUGCCAUCGAUACUGGCCUGAGCCUCCCUAUGAUAUUGUGGAUUUGAUUCUGUUUCAGCUGCGAUUGGAUAACUACCAGAUCCUAGAUUGUUUUGUCAUUAGAAUGAUAGAAGUGAUAAACAAACAGACACAUGAGAGGCGCAUUGUGCAGCACCUUCAGUUUACAUCUUGGCCAGACCAUGGCACUCCCAGAUCAUCAGAACAUCUUGUCAAAUUUGUUAGAUACAUGAGAAAGGUCCAUCAGUCAGGCCCUGUCAUCGCACAUUGUAGUGCUGGGAUUGGAAGGAGUGGAGUACUGCUUUGUGUGGAUAUUUUAUUGAGCUACAUAGAACAAGAUAUACCUUUUGACAUCAAGCAGAUUGUAACACAUCUGAGGCAACAGCGUUUUGGCAUGAUUCAAACCAAGGAGCAGUAUAUGUUUUGCUAUGAAAUAGCUCUUGAAGCCUUGAAGAACAUUCAGAGCAUGGAUUCCCAGCUACUGCAAUGAAAACCCUGCUGUCACCAUCUCUCAGAUUCACCUUGUUACUUGAAACUCAUUCCAACAAGAUGCUCAAGGGUCAAUGACAAGUAGGAUUGUUUUAUAUUUCAGUGUUUGGAAAACAUGGAUUUCUAACGCAUUGCAUAUGCAAAGUAGACACAUUGGGUGUAGACAAAUGUCUGAUAACUAGCCAUAAAAAUGUGCUUGUGACUGAAUUCAGUUCUGCUAGUAUUUGUACCGAGGUUUAAGCCACACAAGACCAUCACCUGAAAAAGAGGCGGCUGGGUAUUUUGAAUAGGGACAGCUUCUUUCCUAUGGGAAAGCUCCUAUAUUGAGUCAAGAGUAAUAUGACUCCUGAAAACUAGGACAUUGUUGGUAGCUUUGCUUCAACAUCAGUGACAGGACGUGACCUGUAAGAAGCAAGUGAAACUCACAGAACAGUGAGAAAGAUUUUUAGUAGUUACAGGAGAAAACAAUUUUGUAAUAAAAACUGAAAUGGCAGCCAUCUUCACUAUUUUUCCCCCCACUGUGUUUUUAUUCAGGAGAAAUAGUGGUUGGUU